UCACGUCAGGCCACAGAAGAGCCAGAGAAAAUAAGGAGGGAGCUUUUGUUUUCUGCCAUUUAACCCGGUUUAAACUGUCUCUGGCGCCCCUAGUGUCUCCUCGGAGCACCUGCAGCUCCACAGCAGACAGCGUAGCAUGAUGAUCGCAGAUCCUCUGUCACACCUCUCAGAGCCACAUAACUGAAAUUUCACAACAAUCUUUUCCUACGGGGUCUGCCCCCACCCCCUCUACUCGGCUUUUGCACGGAACCGCUCGACACGGAUCGACUGGCAGCCAGCCCCGGCCCUCCUCCAGGGCUGCGUGAGCCGGUGUUUGAUUGGAUUAGAGUCGGCUAGCCUUUGACCUCUAACCUCGCUGAUGUUGGCUGGCUGCUUCCUGCUCCCUCCGCUCCCACUGACCGACUGACGAAGCCCGUAGAAGCCGCGCGGCGAAGCGCCCUGCACGGACACAGCCGAGCCGGGAAGAGCCGCUACAGCCAGACCGAACCCAACCAAACCAGAGCCAGAGCCGAGCGGAGGAGAGCCGCGAUACAAACGGGAAGGCAGGCAGAAAAAAAAAGAGGCAGCCAUGAGGAGGAAAUCGAGGAUAUUGUUAUGUUUUGCGGUGCUUUGGGUGCUGGGGAUAGCCUACUACUUCUACUCGGGGACAGCGCUGAGUCGAAAGGAUGAUUGGGGGUCCAGUGACUUGUCUAGUAGGAGCAAAACUCACAGCUCUGACGACAAGGCUCACGGACUGGAGACGCUGCCUCCAGGUAAAGUGCGCUGGCAGGAUUUUGACCAGGAUUUAUACGUCGGAGCCACGGUGGUCCGACCAGGCCAGGAUCCAUACGCCAGGAACAAGUUCAACCAGGUGGAGAGCGACAAACUCCGUAUGGACAGAGCUGUGCCUGAUACAAGACAUGACCAUUGCAGACAUAAGCAAUGGAAGUCAGAACUACCAGCCUCCAGCGUGGUCAUCACCUUCCACAAUGAGGCUCGCUCUGCUCUGCUGCGGACUGUGGUCAGUGUGUUGAAGAAAAGUCCUCCUCACUUGGUGAAAGAGAUAAUUCUGGUUGACGACUACAGCGAUAACCCGGAGGAUGGGGCGUUGCUGGGGAAGAUUGAGAAAGUGCGCGUGUUGAGAAACGACCGCAGAGAGGGACUGAUGCGUUCUAGGGUUCGUGGUGCAGACGCUGCCAUGGCGCCAGUCCUCACCUUUUUGGAUUCUCACUGUGAAUGUAAUGACCACUGGCUAGAGCCGCUACUGGAGAGAGUGGCAGAGGACAAGACCAGAGUAGUUUCUCCUAUUAUUGAUGUCAUCAACAUGGACAACUUUCAGUAUGUGGGAGCCUCAGCUGAUCUGAAAGGAGGUUUUGACUGGAAUUUGGUGUUUAAAUGGGACUACAUGACUGUGGAGCAGAGACGAGCCAGACAAGGCAACCCCAUCGCACCCAUAAAGACUCCCAUGAUAGCAGGAGGUCUAUUUGUCAUGGAUAAGGAAUACUUCGAGCAGCUGGGAAAGUAUGACAUGAUGAUGGAUGUAUGGGGAGGAGAAAACCUGGAGAUCUCAUUUCGUGUGUGGCAGUGUGGUGGCAAUCUGGAGAUCAUCCCCUGCAGUAGGGUUGGCCAUGUCUUCAGAAAGCAACAUCCGUACACCUUCCCCGGGGGCAGCGGGACUGUGUUUGCGAGGAACACGAGGAGAGCAGCAGAAGUGUGGAUGGAUGAGUAUAAAAACUUCUACUAUGCUGCUGUCCCCUCGGCGAGAAAUGUCCCCUACGGAAAUAUCCAGAGUCGUUUGGAGAUGAAGAAGAGAUUAGGCUGUAAGCCAUUUAAAUGGUACCUGGAGAAUGUCUACCCUGAACUGAGGGUCCCAGAUCACCAGGACAUAGCGUUUGGAGCCUUGCAGCAGGGAGGAAACUGUUUGGACACCCUGGGCCAUUUUGCUGACGGGGUGGUGGGUGUCUAUGAAUGCCACAACGCUGGGGGAAACCAGGUAGCGUUACCACGACAACACACACAGGAAUGGGCCCUGACCAAGGACAAAUCGGUCAAACACAUGGACUUGUGUCUGACUGUAGUGGACAGAACAGCCGGCUCCCUCAUCAAACUUCAAGGCUGUCGAGAGAACGACAGCAGACAGAAAUGGGAGCAGAUUGAGUCCAACUCGAAGCUUCGUCACGUGGGCAGUAACCUCUGCCUGGACAGCCGCAGUGCCAGGAUGGGCGGACUCACUGUGGAGGUCUGCAGCCCCAGCCUCAACCAGCAGUGGAAGUUCACCCUCAAUUUACAAUCAUAGGGGCCGCUACAGACGCCAGGUAGAGUUGGAUCUUGGAUAGAGACGGCCAGCAGACUCUGAGAAGCGGGUAAGAUGGUGGACUCAAGGAGAAAGACAAACUUGAUGGAUAAAUGGAUGCUUUUUGCUCCUCCUCCUCCUCCUCCUCAGAGGUGCAGCCACUCAUGUCUACACCCCUCUCCCCCACCUCACCCCUCCUAUAAAAAAACCCCCAAAAAACACGAGCCACGCCCUGUGGGGGGAGGGGCCUGCAGACCAUACUGGAGUGAACUACAUACCUCAGUGUUUUUUCAGUGAUGGUUCCAGAGGAAAUGACGAGUGAAUCCUUUUUCUUUUACUUUCUUCAGUGCUGGUGAAAUAGAACUCGUUGACAUUUUUAGUUUGUAAUUAUUUUAUUUUCUUAUUAAUAUUUUUUAUUUCUUGCUCUUAAUUCGCCACAGGGGUUCACAGGAGUCUUUUUGUUCUUGGGAGAAUCGGAUGUUGGAUGUUGGUUUUGUUGCUUCUUUCCAUUGCUCUCUCAGUGGUUUUCCACACCGAGCUAGAGCCCGUUACAGCAGACGGAGGCCUCAGGUUGUGGUUUCGGUAAAGGUUUGGGUGUAGAGUGAUGUAAAGGGAGGAAUGGACUCGAUUCCUUGAGCUUUUCCUCUUUUUUACUUUCAUUGGUUUACAGGAUCAACUAAGAAAAGAGAGACGCGGUGGAGAGAAGAAUGCUGUGUGUACUCAUUUGUUUUCGAAACAUUUUUUCCUACAGAAUGUGUCUUGGGGAGGGGGGAGGGGUUCAGGGAGGAGCUUCUGUACUUUGUACUGGGCCUGACACCAGUUUGGCCCUGAAGAACAAUCCCUGAAACCAGGAAGUUUCUUGAAGCCCACCCUGAAGAUUUACUAUUUGUCUUCAGGCUGUAGCACUGGCUGCUACAGCAUCUUCACUUCGACACUGUUAUGUCUCUAAAGACAAUACACAGAAAAUAAAUCUCCUACCAGUCUUCUUUUGUUUACCUUUGUCACGAAAAUGGAACCAAAUUUCAAAUGGAUGUUUUGUGCUUCAGGAAUACCAGAGGAGCGAUUAAAAGAAUUUUUCCUUACAUGCUCUCGCUGCUCUCUAACUGCUCCCUGUGGAGCAGUUCAGUUUGUACAUCUUCUUUUUCCUGGACAGGUAAUUGUCUUAGCCUGUGUCAACAUUGCCAAUGUAGUAAGGUUACUGUCUAAUAAUCAUGCCCAAACUGGAUUUGAUUUUGCGGCUUCCUCUCUGGAGCUAACGUGUUUGCUGCAAAUGGAUAACUGACAUUUUGUAAUACCACCAUGAUGAGAUACCCAAAUGCUUUACAUAUUAACUCACAUAGACAUGAUUGAGAGAAGUGUUUGCACCUGCAUGCACUGGCAUAGGAAAACCACCAGUGUCCAUAUGUGGCAAAUGUCUAGGAUGUCUAAUAAUGAAGCGCCUCUAACAAAGUCAAGUUGUUUUUUUUAUUUUUAAUUUAUAGAAACCUCACAUUUCCCUCAGUUUUGUUGACAAAGUAAAACCUUGCUUAUUCCAGCCUGAGAACAGAUGUCAUGCAGAAAGAAAAGGGUUUCCAAAGUCCUGACUGUAGUCACACUGUAUGAAAUGUGCAUGCACACAUGUGCUUAAAAGCUCCUACUGGCUGCAUGCGUCACCAACACGUUCACGCGGUUAAACUCAGUCAGUAGUGUUUUGCAUUAAUACAUCUUUUGUCUUCAUUGUGGCUGUUAGACGAGUCAUCUGUUCAGACGUUUGACACUGAUAUUAACAAGGUUUUACUGUUUGUCCUCACUCCGUUUCAGUCAGAGGUGGGAAGGUUUUUCUGAUUGCACAAGCAGGACUACUUAGCUUGUGAUGAUACUUAUAAGAACGCUUUUCUUGUUUGCUACUUUGAUGCAACAAAAUUUUGGUGUUACCAAACAACAUCGUGCCACUUCUUAGUUUCUUCUUAGUUUCUUGUUACCUGACUGUGUCACUGAUAUCAUUAACAAUGCAUGUAUCUGUUUUUGCGGGUCCAAUACCUGAUGCCUGUUGUGUAUCUUUUGCAACACUAGUCUCCUCUGUGCUUCCUCGUCACUUCAUCUUCACUGCUGUGAUCCUCUGUACUGUUCAGUCACUGAUGAGUAAUGAUGGUGGAUUUUUCGGAAAUUGGUUUUGAUUUAAAUUCGGAGCGACUCAUCCCUUGGCAGCUUUAAGGAAAUUCCAUAAACGCAAAACAUCUCUGAACAGAUGUACUGUACAACAGAAAAUACAUAUAGAAAUCGCAACUCCUAUUUCCUAGUUUAGUCGAGAAAGAACCUACAGCCUUGAGUGUUUUAUAACAUGAAAUAUCCUCUCUGUUUCUCAUUAUUUCUCUUCCUCUCUCACACGCACAUUCACAUCCUUACCUAUAAAUGCUCCUUAGAUUUUUUUUUUUUUUUCCUACUGAGUCUCCAAAACUGACAAAGACAGCUGGUCUUGUUUGCUGUGUUGUCUGAUACCCAUGUAUGCUUUUUUUUUUUCCCCAUUUUUUUCCCCCUCAUAACUGAUGCUUGCCUUGUCUUACAAGUUCACCCAUCUGUAAACGGAGCGAGAGGAGUUGAGAAGGUCAGCUGAAACUGCAGCUGGUUGAAAAGCCUGUCCUGUGACUUGAUAUGUUGCUUCAUUGUGCUGCGAGGCACAGGACCCGUGGGUGUGAGGCCAGAGUGAGACUCAACCCUGAGGUGGAGAUGUGAGAGAAGUUUUGUGUUGCCUUGGUGACCAGACUCACGGGUAAAUCUGGUUUAGGGUUACAGUUAGAUUUAUUGUUAAUCAAGAGAUGGAUUUACUGUUUUAAAUACUGGAGAAGUUUUUGUUGUUUUUUUUUGCCAUUCUGUUUGGAAAAGGUAAAAUAACAUGAAACAUUUUCAGUUGUGUCUUAAUUUCUUAAGAAUACUGCAAUACACAAGAAGAUUUUUUAUUAAUUUCCCUUAAAUGUGCAUCUAAACACAAAAAAUUCAUUUCAGUGGAGCAAGUGUGUAAACAUGGUAGCGUCCUGAAUCACAUCAGUUCCCCCUAGCCUACUACAUGGUGCAGUGUACACACACACACACACACACACACACACACACAGACACACACACACACACACACACACACACACACACGGUCCUUCAAAGUAGCUGGAGCUAAUUUUUAACACAUGGAGUGUUAUAGAUGAUCAGUUUUCAGCUGAUUCUGAAUUUAGGACCCAAGCAGCUGUUUGAGCCUGAUGGGUGUAAAGAUGAAGAUCAUUUAUAGGGCAGAUUUGAGGUCUUGGGUGUCCUGGGAUAAGUGGUUGAAGGUAGAAUCAUUUUUAGUAGUUAUUCCUUUACUUUUCAUUUAUAUGUGUAAGGGUCUAGUCUAGAACUGUUAAUGGGCUCGAUAUGUAAAUGAUGCAGCCUCCUAAUUUGGCAUCAUUCCGACAUCCAACUAUGCGGCAUGAGCAUGGCAAUUCCCAAGUAAAAACGUGUCAUCAAAUGUUGAUGCUCUUCAAUGUGGGAUAGUUAGACACCUCAAACUAGGAGGUCUUCAUUUUCAAGUCCACUGAACUUGUCUGUGAGGGUCACAUGCUGAUGUUUUAGUGGCCUAUAGCGCCCUCCAUUGCCACACUUGUUGUUGGUAACAAUCAGAGAACUAGGGUUAAAAAGGGACUGGAUAUAGUAAACGUCUGAUGCAAAACGCGCAAUCACAGUUUCAGACUUUUUUCUUUUUCACACUUUUUUUUUGUCUCUGUUUCUUUCUUUUUCUAUAUAAACUGUAAAUUCAGUCUUGCUAACCUGGCUGUUCAGUGGAAACGGGCCUAGUUACACCUCAGAACAGGCAUGAGAACCAAACUGCACGUACCUGAGUGACCAUGGCAAUACUGUCUGCUUACAAUGCUUCAGAUAAGUUGUUUAAAGCCCUUUCUUUUUAAACUAGUCUUAUUCUUGUAAAGACGAAGAGUUUGCUAUCUUAUUUGAUAUUAUUUUUUAUGUUAUACACAAAGGAAAUGACUGUAAAGUCCAGCACCUCAUUUCAUUGGAUGAUUAAAUGUUUACAUCUUUAGCACAAUGUGCCAAAGUUCCUUCCAGGAAGAAUGAAAAGGGGUAAAAGCCUUUGGAUACAGAGAAUAACUCGCGGACAAGUCAUUAAGUGUUGGGUUCACAUUUGCUUACAAUAUGUUGUGUUUCUCAUUGUUCUUUCUUUCGAGUCUCAGUUCAGAGUGCAGGAUAAGCCAGGGAGAGGAUGGCUCUUAGCUGCUGAUCUGGUGUCAGUUUUUAUAAUGGAACGAGGGUAUAAAUUUGGCUGCCUGAUUUGAUGUCUUUGAUGUCUGAUAGUGAGGGGUGUGUGU